GCUUUCACUUUUGUUGCCAUGUGCUUUUUUCUGCUGUUUAUUGGAGAUGGAAGUGACCUCUAAGGUUCCUUCAGAUGUGCUGAUUCCUUCACUCCUGGAUCCUGCCCUGGAGCAGGUUCAGCUCUUGUCCUAAAAGUGAUGCUAAGGUGGUGGAGGCCCUGGCAGUUCCUUUGUCUCUCCCCUCACAGCUCCUCAGCUGUUCCUCCUUACUAAAAAUGCCACAUCGAUGUUGGGGUUUAAAGGUGGGAUGAUGUUUUUUGUGGAAUUCAGGAACGCUUUCUGACUGCCCUCCUCUCAUGAUCCCCAGUGAUCCCUGCUCUGGGUGGCAUGUCAGGGUCUUGCACAGCUGCUUCAUUGCUUUUUACUGAAAUUCCCACUUGUGGAUUUCUUCGUUUUUAUUUUUCUGUUUGCAAAUUCGUCUUUUUAACAUCUGUGAAUCUUCAAUUUGCUCCUCAUCCGCCAGAGCCUUUUACUUCCUGCAGAAGAAGAAGCAAUGUUUGGUUCUCCAACCUUUGCAUUCCAAGACUUUCCAUAGGACUUACCCCCCCACAUCCCAUCCCAUCCCCUUUUCACUCCCACCAAAGUUUAUUUCACCCUGUUCCUUGUUUACAAACAAAUUAUUUGCAAACCGAAAUGUACGUGGGGCAGAUUUGGGAACACAAAGUACGACCAGUAAAAGGUUUGGAACAGCAGAUCCCUGAUUUCUGCAGGGAUAGUGUGUUUCAGGGGGAGAUGGGCAGUUCUGGGGUGCUGCCACACGGGCUGUAUCCAGGUAUAGAACCUCUGGGAUGAGUUCCCAGUGCUGUCACUGCUGUCCCCAGGCCAGCUCUGGGGGUAAAGCAAACUGUUCCAGUGAAAUGCAGAGAUGUCACCAUAACUGUGCUCCCUCACUGUCUGCACCUCCCUGAAGGACACUGGUGCAAGAGCAGCUGCAGCCAAGUGAGGGAUGUGUUGGAUCCAGCCCAGUGCUGAGAAGGAAAAAUAGGUACUUGCUUUUAUUCCUUUUUUAAAAGAUGGAUUUUUAGGAGGUGAAGGCUUUUGAGGCCAGGUUGGAUAGGGUUUGGAGCAACCUGGUCUAGUGGAAGGUUUAGGGGAGCAAGGGGGCAGAAUGAGAUAAACUUUAAGGUUCCUUCCAACCCAAACCAUCCUGUGCAUCUAUGACACCACCUCCAUGGAGCUUUAAUGGGAUUUGGGGUGUUCUGGCAGGGGCUGCAGAGUCCAGGCCUAGUUCUGCUCACCCUGGGACUGGAGAGGGUGGAGGGGGGGAAUCCUUCCCAAGCUGGUGGUGAGCUCUGUUCCAUGGCUGCCUUGUUCACUCAAGUAUAAAUAUAUUGCAAAAAUCUGAAUAAACAAUCUGGUGGGAUUGGCAGAAGAGGAGAGCCAAGGCCUGUGGGUUUAUGGGUUUUUCCUCAUUCCAUGUUAAAUAAAAUGGUAUCAAAUGUGGUUUUGAAGGAGCUCUUGCUCCACGUAGCCUUAUAGACUCUGUCAGUCUGGGUCACAAUAAAUACAUUGUGUGAUAGAAAUCCUAUAUUUUGUAUUGCACAGGGAAUAAAGAUAUUUUGGCUACUGUAUUUUGUUCUGUACCAUUACAGUUCCAGUUUAGCUUUGCCAGGCAUUAACACAAAAUUUCUAAUAGUCAUUUUUCAAAGGGAUUUAAGAGACUGACAGUGAGAGGAAAUUAAGGUCUGUUUGGGAGAGGCAUCAAGGAGAUCCAGUGCCCCUUCUGUCAUGUUUUUGGAAUUAACCUUGUCAGUGUGGAGAUCUGGGAGAGGCAGAUCCAGGGACCUGCAGCCAUGGUGGAACUCAGUGAAUGAGGAUGCUGGGAAGGAAGGGACUGGCAUGAGGAAUUCUGUGUUUCUAAUUUGUUGAGAACAGUGAUGUUGUGUUUGGUGAAACAGAAAUUAAUCCGUUCCUCCUCAGUCUGUGCUUGUUGGACCUGUGGCACUUGUGAGACAGCUCUGAUGGGGACAAUAAAUCUACAUCAGGAACCACAGAAUGAGAAGAGUCAGCUGGAGUCACCUGCUGGGUCAUCCCUGUCACACCAGGCCUGGAGCAUUACCCAGCGAGGCCAGGGCUGGGAUGGGGCUGAAGGGCCUCAUUCUAACACACACAGAUAUGUGUGUGUAUAUAUAUAUGUAUAUAACAUAUAAAUAUACUUAUAUAUAUGUAUAACAGGGGAGGUUUCCAUCCCUCACCCAUUCAGUUUAUCCAGCCUGGCCCAGAGGAUUCACUUUUCUGGCAAUUUUAGUAAAGGUUUCAUGGGUAUUUCUUGGUCUCAAGAUGUGCCACACUCAGAGCAGGUAGAAAAAGCUUCGAGGGCAGUAGUAAAUGGGGAUAUGUGCAACUGGAUAAAAUGUUCAGGAAUCAGGAUGGUUUGGGUCUGAAGGGACUCUCAAAGGUGAAGAGGGAGUCAGACCCACUAACAGCAGAGCAAAAUGCUCCCAGUUUGCUCCCUCCUUGCAUUAUCCUGUGCCUGUGAAGAUGAACAAACCCUCAUGCCAGACUCCAGAAAUCCCUCACACACCCCAGGAUGUGUUCCCAGCGUGUUCCUGGGAAAUGCUGGGGAGGGAGCCAGACUGGGGGCAGAGAAAGAAAAAGGACUCAAGGGAGAGAACCUGCUUAGAGCCAGAGUUAAGAAAACCAAUCUGGAAAUCCUGAGCUACUCCAGCUCCUGGAGCUGCCCCCGGCCCUGCUGGAGCACCUUGAGCUGGAGCCCACACAAUCGGGGAUAUUUUGCCCGGUUUUUGCUUCGCGCUGCGUUCGGUUUCCAGGCUAAACCCUCCUGUGAACUGCUGAUGGCAGAGUUUUCCAGAGAACCUGGCAAGAAGCAGCGUGAACGUGCUGAUGUGAAUUUCGACGUUAAUCUUCUGUAAAUCGAGCGGCCCGUGUCCGAGGGACAGCCGGGAGAAAUCCAAAUGACGUUUCCAUAGCUCGCUGCGCUCCCGCGCUAUUGAGAUGAAAUCUCAUGGAUGGAAUUCCGUGGACGCAGCUGCUGUAUCAGCGCUCAGGGAAUUCUGCUGUUCUGUUCAGAAGCGACCCAUAAAUAGCGGGGCCGCCCGCGCCGCCCGGCACAGCGGAACCACACGGAGAGGCACAAUGACCGAGCAGCAAAGUCCCCCCGAGCAGAUGGCAACUGGGGAGGGUGCUGGAGAGCGAGGUGGCAACUACAAGAUCACGAUCUACGAGCUGGAGAAUUUCCAGGGGAAACGGUGUGAGCUGACAGAGGAGCUCCCCAACAUCACCGAGAAAGAGAUGGAGAAGGUGGGCUCCAUCCAGGUGGAGUCUGGCCCGUGGCUGGGCUUCGAGCGCCAGGCCUACGCCGGGGAGCAGUUUGUGCUGGAGAAGGGCGACUACCCCCGCUGGGACUCCUGGUCCAACAGCCACAGCAGUGACAGCCUGAUGUCCAUCCGGCCCCUCCAGAUUGACAGCGCUGACCACAAGAUUCACCUGUUUGAGAACGCGGGGUACACCGGGCGGAAGAUGGAGAUCGUGGAUGAUGACGUCCCCAGCCUCUGGGCCCAUGGCUUCCAGGACCGUGUGGCCAGUGUCAAGGCCCUGAAUGGAACGUGGGUGGGCUACGAAUACCCCGGGUACCGGGGCCGCCAGCACGUCUUCGAGAAGGGCGAGUACCGACACUGGAACGAGUGGGAUGCCAACCAGCCCCUCAUCCAGUCCGUGCGCCGCGUGCGGGACCAGCAGUGGCACCAGCGGGGCUGCUUCGAGAACAGCUGAGGGACCCCCAGCCCCCCCGGGGCCACUCGCGGGGUCCCCCGGCUGAUGCCGUGACCGUGGUGUUUUUUUUGUGCAAAAACCUCAAUAAAGCUCUGAGCUGGA